CCUCGGCGCUGCCGCCAGACGGCGGCGGGCCCGGCUCGGCGCUGCUGGGAGCGCAUCCCGCCCGCUCCGCUCCGCCCCGGCACCGCGGCCAUGACCGACAACAUCCCGCUGCAGCCCGUCCGCCAGAAGAAGCGCAUGGACAGCAAGCACCGCGGCGGGUGUUGUGAGUGCUUAAGAUGCUGUGGGAGGAGGGACCCGAGGCCUCGCACUGUUUGGCUUGGCCAUCCCGAGAAGAGAGACCAGAGAUACCCUCGCAACGUGAUCAACAAUCAGAAAUACAACUUUUUUACAUUUCUCCCUGGGGUGUUGUUUAACCAGUUCAAAUACUUCUUCAACCUUUAUUUCUUGCUUUUGGCCUGCUCUCAGUUCGUCGUUGAGAUGAGGCUUGGUGCACUUUACACGUACUGGGUUCCUCUGGGGUUUGUGCUGGCUGUGACGGUGAUCCGGGAGGCGGCCGAGGAGAUCCGAUGUUACAUGCGGGACAAGGAAGUGAACUCGCAGAUCUACAGCAAGCUCACAGCCAGAGGGACUGUGAAGGUGAAGAGCUCUAAUAUACAAGUCGGUGACCUCAUCAUUGUUGAAAAGAACCAGCGGGUCCCUGCUGACAUGAUCUUCCUGAGGACGUCGGAGAAGAAUGGGUCCUGCUUCCUUCGCACCGACCAGCUGGAUGGGGAGACAGACUGGAAGCUGCGCCUGCCCGUCACCUGCACCCAGAGGCUGCCAACUGCUUCUGACCUGCUGCAAAUCCGAUCCUAUGUGUAUGCAGAGGAGCCCAAUAUUGACAUCCACAACUUUGUGGGGACCUUCACAAGGGAGGACAGUGACCCUCCAGUAAAUGAAAGUCUGAGCAUAGAAAACACCCUGUGGGCCAGCACAGUGAUUGCAUCAGGUACUGUGGUGGGAGUUGUCCUCUACACUGGAAGGGAACUGCGCAGCGUGAUGAAUACUUCAAACCCAAGAAGUAAGAUUGGUCUUUUUGAUUUGGAAGUGAACUGUCUUACCAAGAUCCUGUUUGGGGCUCUCGUGGUGGUCUCCUUGGUCAUGGUGGCCCUCCAGCACUUUGCUGGCCGUUGGUAUCUUCAGAUCAUAAGAUUUCUCCUCCUGUUCUCAAACAUCAUUCCCAUUAGUUUACGUGUGAACCUGGACAUGGGGAAAAUUGUCUACAGCUGGGUGAUCCGCAGAGACUCCAAAAUCCCUGGCACUGUGGUUCGAUCCAGCACUAUUCCUGAGCAAUUGGGCAGGAUAUCCUAUUUGCUUACAGACAAAACAGGAACUCUGACACAGAACGAGAUGGUCUUCAAGCGACUCCACCUGGGGACGGUGGCGUACGGGCUGGACUCCAUGGAUGAAGUGCAGAGCCACAUAUUCAGCAUAUACACCCAGCAAUCCCAGGACCCCCCUGCAGUGAAGGGCCUCACCUUGGCCACGAAGGUGCGGAAGACGAUGAGCAGCCGUGUGCACGAGGCGGUGAAGGCCAUCGCCCUGUGCCACAACGUGACCCCCGUGUACGAGUCCAACGGGGUCACGGACCAGGCAGAGGCUGAGAGACACUACGAGGACUCCUGCAGGGUGUACCAGGCCUCCAGUCCUGAUGAGGUGGCCCUGGUACAGUGGACCGAGAGCGUGGGCUUGACGCUGGUGGGCAGAGACCAGUCCUCCGUGCAGCUGAGGACCCCGGGCGGCCACAUCCUGAACUUCACCAUCCUCCAGAUCUUCCCCUUCACCUACGAGAGCAAGCGCAUGGGCAUCAUCGUCCGGGAUGAAUCUACAGGAGAGAUCACCUUCUAUAUGAAGGGGGCAGAUGUGGUGAUGGCUGGAAUUGUGCAGUACAACGACUGGCUGGAAGAGGAGUGUGGUAACAUGGCUCGGGAAGGCCUGAGGGUUCUUGUCGUAGCCAAGAAGUCUCUGACAGAAGAGCAGUAUCAGGACUUUGAAGCCCGGUACAUCCAGGCGAAGCUGAGUGUGCACGACCGAUCCCUGAAGGUGGCCACGGUCAUCGAGAGCCUGGAGAUGGAGAUGGAGCUGCUGUGUCUCACCGGGGUGGAGGAUCAGCUGCAGGCCGAUGUCAGACCCACGCUGGAGACGCUGAGAAAUGCUGGCAUUAAGGUGUGGAUGCUGACAGGGGAUAAGUUAGAGACAGCCACGUGUACAGCCAAGAACGCACAUUUGGUGACACGGACACAGGACAUCCAUAUAUUCAGACUAGUGACCAACCGUGGGGAAGCCCACCUGGAGCUGAACGCCUUCCGCAGGAAACACGACUGCGCCCUCGUGAUCUCGGGGGACUCCCUGGAGGUGUGUCUGAAGUACUACGAGUACGAGUUCAUGGAGCUGGCCUGCCAGUGCCCCGCCGUCGUGUGCUGCCGCUGCGCCCCGACACAGAAGGCCCAGAUCGUGCGGCUGCUCCAGGAGAGGACUGGAAAACUCACCUGUGCAGUAGGUGAUGGAGGGAAUGAUGUUAGCAUGAUUCAGGAGGCUGACUGUGGGGUUGGAGUUGAAGGAAAGGAAGGAAAGCAGGCAUCACUCGCAGCCGAUUUCUCUAUCACUCAGUUUAAACAUCUGGGUCGUUUGCUGAUGGUGCACGGAAGGAACAGCUACAAGAGGUCUGCAGCCCUCAGUCAGUUUGUGAUCCACAGGAGCCUGUGCAUCAGCACAAUGCAGGCUGUUUUCUCAUCAGUAUUUUACUUUGCUUCAGUUCCUCUCUACCAAGGCUUCCUCAUCAUUGGGUACUCCACAAUUUACACAAUGUUUCCAGUGUUUUCUCUUGUCCUGGACAAGGAUGUUAAAUCUGAAGUAGCAAUGUUGUACCCAGAGCUCUACAAAGAUCUGCUUAAGGGACGACCGUUGUCAUACAAAACGUUUUUAAUAUGGGUCUUAAUAAGCAUCUAUCAAGGUAGCAUCAUCAUGUAUGGAGCACUGCUCCUCUUUGAAUCCGAGUUUGUCCACAUUGUUGCCAUUUCCUUCACGUCCUUGAUUCUCACCGAGUUACUGAUGGUGGCCCUGACGAUCCAGACGUGGCACUGGCUCAUGAUAGUGGCUGAGCUGCUCAGUCUCUCCUGCUACAUAGCUUCCCUGGUCUUCUUACACGAGUUUAUUGAUGUUUACUUCAUUGCGACUUUGUCAUUCUUGUGGAAGGUCACCGUCAUCACACUGGUGAGCUGCCUUCCCCUCUACGUCCUCAAGUACCUGAGGAGAAGGUUUUCUCCCCCAAGCUACUCGAAGCUUACAUCCUAGGGCUGCUCUCCCUGCACACCAGAGACAGACAUUGCCCAUGGCUGAGAGACAAAACCCUGUAGUUGUUCCUAUAACGAGUCCAUCCGAUAUUUGCAUCUGGAUCGUGUGGUAAUCUCUGUUACCUGCUGCUUUAUUGAAAAAGACUCCACAGCUGCCGUGAACAGAAACCUGACAAUAAAAGGGAGUGUUCUGAGAGUGGAGGCACUUGUUAGUUCAUCCAGUUCAUGUCACUUUUGUUCCACUUAACUGGGGUCAAAUGCAUGUAACUGAGAUGGCGAUGGGUUUCUCUUGCAUGGUUAAAAGUCUGUGAAAGCUGCUAACUGACCUUGGGAUUUACAUUUGACGAUUUUCAAGUGACUUUUUUAAAGUCUCUGUGCUGUUCUUUGCAUUGUGUUAUGUUGUUUUAUAUUGUUUGUCUUCUUGAUUUAAGUAGUUACAUUCUUUUUACAUCUUGGAAAUCCCUUAAUGUAGGUGAUGCACUGUACUGCUGACAGCUGAUCCCUGAUUUAUGGCAUGCUGUUUCCAGAACGGGGCUCCAGCAUGUCGGAUCUACACACACAUGAGAAUCUGAGCCUGGUUGAGAUUUUCCUUCAGUUGAAAUGUGGUCACCCCAGUGAUUUUGGAGGUAUCCAGCCAUUGAUAAAUGAUAGUCCAAGAUGAGGAAACUCAGUUUUGUUUAGCUUUUGUGCUUCCUGUUAAAAGGAGCUGGUGACAUAAUAGCUUUACUCUGUAUUUAUUUGUGUAGGGGAAAAUUAUCUAAACUAAAGCAAAUCCUCUUUGGAACAGAAAUUUGCAGUUGAUCAUACUUGAAAUGUGUCGACAACGUGAGAAGAGACUCGUACUGUUCUGCAGACAAUGUGGCAGACGUGUCUUGAAUCCUUGGAGACUGAAAGGAGAGGUCACAGAGCUGCUACUCCUCACAGCUACACGAAAUCUGUUUCCUGUUAGGAUGAAACUCUGAGGAUGAGCUGCAAAUAAGCUGAGCCACUCCUAGGUGGGUGUUGUUAAUGACAUACUCCCUGCAGAGAGGCAGUUUUUGGAACCUUGCACUUGGUUUGCUCUGAAAACCAAACUUGAAUCACAGGAGUGGGUUUAUACAAAGGUGUUGGGCUCGUGUGCAGAGCAAAUUCACGUAUUUUUAAUUUUCAGACACUGAACUCAAUGAGUUCUGGUGUUAUGAUUAACUUUGGCCCACAUUAUAAUAUCAUGAGGAGAGCAACACAUGCUUGGGCUUCUCAGGAGAAGGACGGACAGUUACAAGAACCUUUUAGGGUUGUGUUUAUGCAUCAAACAUGGAUGAGCUUUUAGUUGCAGCCAUCCUCAUCUAAAGGCUGUUUAGUCUGGGCUAAAUUAGUUGCUUGCUGUCUUGUUCCCACAUCACAAAAACCAUGGUUGGAGCUGGCACUGCUUGGUGCCGUUGGGAGUCGGUUGCACAGGAGAGGCAGAGCCCAGAGCUGAGCUCCCUUCUCCAAUCUCAAGGCACAGCCCAGAGGUCUCACUUCUCCAGUCACAAGGAAACCCUUCCAGGUCAGGGCCACUGUGUUGCUGUGAGGUGCAGAAGCUCCCUGGUCAUCUCUGUGCCAUGUUGAACCUCUUUAAAGGGCUGCCAGCUUCUGCUGCCAUUGCUACAGGCAUUCACUGUCUCAAGCUGCACAGUGCUGCAUUAAAAGGUCUGAUGUGAAAAUUGGUGGAAAAUGGGAAUGUUGUUCUAAAAGAGUCUGUGUUGGCCCAUAGUGGUGUGUCUCGAAUUUUCAGAUCUAAGAUAGCUGUGGCUUGUGUGGUUGAUGUGUGGCAGUUGCUCCAGGGAAUGUUUUGCACAACCUGACCUGCCUUCCUUGCUCUUAGCUCCUGUGAAUAAAUAUCAAAGGGCAGGGGAAGCAAGUUCCAGAAGUUUUAGAAAAAAUUGGAUGUGUUUCAUAAUGCACGUGGCUUGGGGUGAGAGGAAUGUGCAAGUCUGUAUGAGCUUGUUGUUUCAUGUGGGGGAAACCCUCUUGAUUUAGAAAAAUAGGUUUCAAAAUCCUUCAGGAAUAGGGACAGAGAACACUUUUUAACACACUGAUUUUUCUUGUGUGCCAGUCUUCCAGUUAGGCUCUGGACUGAAGUCCUUAUAGAUAGCAACUUCAGAAACACCCUGCUGGCUAAGAAAAGCUAAUUCUUGGUAUUCACCUUUUCAUAAUAUUUUGAAAAUUUGUCUUUUUCCCUUCUCCUCUAAUAUCUUUAUCUUAAAAGUAGUAAUAAUAUACAUUUCUACUUAUUUGAUUCCCAAGUUCAUGUUGGGAAAAGCCCUAGAAGUCCAGCAUUCCCGGUGAUUUGUGUUGUGGAGGAAAAGCAGUGCCUGAACAGCCCAUCUAGGGGGAGUUGGGCCUUAACAGCCUUUUGUGAAUUAUCCCACUUUGCCAAAAAGAUCCUUAACGUUGUCUUUAUUGUGACUUGCUACAGCUCCUGGGUAAUGUCGGCCCUGCCGCUGUUCUGGAGUCCCCAGGCAGCAUUUCAGAGAAUCACAAAAUCACAGAAUGGUUUGGGUUGGGAGGGACCUUAAAGCUCAUCCAGUCCCACCCCUUGCCAUGGGCAGGGACAUCUUCCACUAGCCCAGGUUGCUCCAAGCCCCGUCCGGCCUGGCCUUGGACACGUCCAGGGAUGGGGCAGCCACAGCUUCUCUGGGCAACCUGUGCCAGGGCCUCCCCACCCUCACAGGGAAAAAUUUCUUCCUAACAUUCAGUCUAAUUUAAGUAGGUUUAAGUACAAGAACCAAGGAUUUCUUUUGGCCUGAUGUGUGACUGAGCAGUCCAGUCCCUGUGGCUGUUGGUGAACACCCUCAGCACCCGUCGGUGUCGAGCCCUGUCCCUUCUCACGUGUGUUAGUGGUCAAACAUCCUGCAGCAACAACAGUGCCAUGCUACUGUGUGUAAAUAUUUGAGAUGUGUAUAUGGUAGAAUUCACUGUUUCCUGAAGUCAAUACAGUUUACACUGAGUGGACCAUAUUUGCAAACUAUUAGCUCACACCAAGAAAGGGAGUGAAUUGUGAUUUCACUUAUAUUUAUUGAAUCAUAACUUUAAUAACACACAUUUGGUGGAAUUGAUAAUGAUCCAUAGCUGUGUUUUGGGGUGCAGAUUAUGUUCCUUUGCAGCUCGUGUUUUUGCACAAGGUUGUAAAUCCAGGAAGUAAUUGCUGUCUGGAUACACACUGAAUUUUUAAAAGCAAUCAGAAAACUAAAACUGCCAUCUAAGAAACAGCAGGAAAGAGGAAUGCUUCUAUUUUUCAAGUUUAGCACUUUAUGUUUGCAAUCUAUUUCUCUUAAGUUAUUUAAAAAUGUUUUUAAAAGCAAAGUUUAAUACGUAUGUUCAUAUUUACUGUACAUUGGAAUAAAUGGAUCCUCUUCUGGAAAUUGAAUCUUUUCCUCUAGUAGGCUCAUAAUUUGUACUUUUUGAGAGUGAAGCAUUGUUUUCUUCUGUAUAGUAUCUGGUUUGUAGCCUUAGUGUUCUUACUAUUCCUUUAUUUGUCUGGUUUAUGUAGCAGUUCAUAUCUAACUGUUGUGCUUUGGGACUGUGCUCCAGGUGACGCUGUAGGGUUGGGUGUGUGUUCCCCACUGUGUGCUCCUGCUUCCCAUGGCUCCAGGUGAUGCUGUGGGGUUGGGUGUGUGUCCCACCUUGUGCUCCUGCUUCCCUGCUGUAGGGAAGCCAGUGGUCUGUGCUGAGCUGCUGUGGUGGUAAAUUAAUGUGUAGGUUUUCUGACACAAACUGUUUUCUUCUUGCCUUUCUGCAGUAAUUCCACAUGUCACAACCCUCUUCAUCCCCUUUUUUCCCCCUUUAUCUCUGCAUUUGUUUCCUCCAUAGAGCUGGUCCUGUUCAUCUGUGCAAACAUUCAUUUCACUCAGCUCAAGGCACAAUGGAAACACAACGUUCUUUAUUCAGCAGCAGCAGCUUAAAUCUGUGCAGGGUCUUAUCAGAAGUGGGCUGAGGAGCGAUGAGUGACAUCCCUGGUGUCCCUUUGGGGUUGAGAACUGUGUGCUGAGGGCUGUAGCUGUGGCUGGGCCAAACUGAGCAGCACCAAAGGUGUUUCUCUGUCGUCUCCUGAGCUCUCACAGUGAAACGCCGGGACAGCCUCCCUCGUCCUCUGUAGUUGCUGGGGGGAGUUUUGCUGUAGUUGAGCUGGGUUUGUCAGGGAGCCCCAGAGAGCCAGGUGUGUGAAUCCCUGAAGCUGCUCUUUUGGCUUUAGCUGUUGAAGAAAGCUGCUGCAGCCUCUGAUGCAUCAUAAAUCCCUGGUUUGCAAAGUAGUGCCCUGAACCAAGGAUGGGGGCUCACCAUCCCAAGGUCUGUGCUGGGAACUGUUCCCAUGGGAUUGGGUUCAUUUCCACAAUUGCUGGGGCCAGUCCAGUGCCCACUUCAGCAUGAGCUGGAUGGGCUCUUUUAUUUAUUAUUAGUUAUUUAUAAGUAUUAUACUUAUUAAUAUACUUAUUUCAUAAGUAUUAAACUAUGAUUUGCAUGAGAUCCUGGGUUUCACAGCUUUGCCAAUAUGGUCCAUUUAUACUGCCUACGACAACUUGUGUACUUAUAUGCCUUUGAGAACAUUUUUAAUUGUUAAAAUUGUUUAAAAAAAUCAAUGUUAAGUUAAUUUAAUUUUUAAUGGGGAAAUGGAUUCUGGUGUCAAAAUGGUAUUUACUGUGAUGCCGAUGUUUUGUACCUGUCAUCUAGUUAAACAACGUGUAAAUACUCUUGAGUCAAGAGAAAUAUGAAUGCCAAUUAUUUAUUGUUCUGUGGAGUUAUAUGUUGCAGAUGUGUAAGAACUUAAAAGGGAAUGUUGUAAAACAAGGUGGAAAAAUAAAUUUUAUGCAACUUCUUUACUUCA